UGAACCUCUACACUCGAGUAGAGGAGGAUCGCGGAUCAUCUUGCACUCAAGUAUUUAUGGAGAGUGCUAUUGGCAUUACAAACAUCCAUAAGUAAGCCGGAGGUCUGCAAUUCUAUGCGCGGUCACGCUUUUCUCCGUCUGGCCACACCGUAUACAUGCCAUAAAUGCCUAGAAAAGCCAGGACUCCUCCAACUCCGAAUGUGAUGCAUCUGUACGACAGGAAAAUCACUCGGCUAAGAUGGGUAAUAAGCAGACGAUAUUUACUGAUGAACAGCUAGACGCCUACCAGGACUGCACAUUUUUUACCCGCAAGGAAAUCCUUCGGUUACAUGGAAGAUUCCAUGAACUGGCUCCACAUUUAGUUCCCAUGGAUUACACAAAUGACCCUGAUGUUAAAGUCCCUUUAAGCCUCAUAGUCAAUAUGCCAGAGCUGAAGGAAAAUCCUUUCCGUGACAGGAUUGUGGAAUCCUUCUCUGAGGAUGGCUUGGGGAACCUCAGCUUCAACGACUUUGUCGACAUGUUCUCAGUUCUGAGUGAAAUGGCCCCCCGAGAGUUAAAGGCCAUUUAUGCUUUUAAAAUAUAUGAUUUCAAUGUGGAUAAUUACAUCUGCAAGGAGGACCUUGAGAAGACUCUGAACAAGCUGACGAAGGAGGAGCUGACACCCGAGGAGGUGAACCUGGUGUGUGAGAAGGCGAUUGAAGAAGCUGACCUGGAUGGAGACAGCAAGCUCUCCUUCGCUGACUUUGAAAACAUGAUUUCCAGGGCUCCUGACUUUUUAAGCACCUUCCAUAUACGAAUCUGAGCGGGGUUCUACUACAUCAACAGCGAUCCUUUGGAGUCCCUGACUACAACUUGAAUCCUUCUCGAAAAACAAUGGACACAUAUAUAGUGCACAGCAGUGCCUGCCCUCUACAUCUCUGAAGAGUUUUCUCUUGGUCCUAUUUGAACAGUACUCACUUCUUGGGGAAGCUGGAUUUUGGAUCUCUUUGGCUAUAUAAUUUUUUUUUU